AUCACUCAAAAUGCACAUAAGUAAAAUUAAAGUGGAAACAAGAGCAUAUCAAUCUGGUUAGAAUUUUUAUUGAAGCAUGGCAUAUCAAUUGAGUCUUAGAUUUUAAUGCUUGAGUUUGAUGGAAAGAUUUUACUCAUGUUUUUUGCUUUGAUGAUUUGAUUAUAAAGUUAACCUUUUCCUAAUUUUGGUUGUUGAUUUAUGCAUUUCGAGAAUGCUAUUUGCUUAAAUUUAAUCUAUCUGGUUAGAAUUUUUAUUGAAGCAUGGCAUAUGUUCAAGAGUAUUUGAAUAUGUUUUGUAGUAUGAAUUGUGUUUUAUGAAAAUCUGUACACGGUGAGCUUGGUUGUGGUUGAUAUAGUGUGGAUGAUGAUACUGAGUUUCAGGCUGGAGUUGUGACGGCCCGAAAAUCUAUCAACAUACAAUCACUUCCCAAGAUAAUGAUAUUACAUCUGAUGCGUUUUCGUUAUGGAAGCUCUGGAAGCACUAAGUUACACAAGGCAGUGCACUUUCCUCUUGAACUAAUGCUAAACCGUGAUCUGCUUGUUUCCCCAACCACUGAGGGCCGAAGAUAUGAACUUGUAUCGACCAUAACCCACCAUGGCAGUGAAGCCUCAAAAGGGCAUUAUACAGCUGAUGCUAUUUACCCUGAUGGCCAAUGGUUACGGUUUGAUGACGCAUCAGUGACUGCAGUUAGCACCAGCAAAGUGUUGCACAACCAGGCUUAUGUUCUCUUCUAUAAACAAUUAUAAAGACAAGAAGUUUCAUCCCAAAAUUCUCUAGAACGAGUGUGGUGUUAACAUGAAAGUUUGGAGACAAUUUAAGUGGAAUGGUUUCCACAAACUGCUUUUGCCUCCCUCAAGCAGAGUUCCUCCAAGUCUGAAUGUUCUUAUUGGUCGAGAGUUGCUGUAUCGGUUAGGGUCAACAACAGACAAUCUAUGGGAAUUUUGUCACUUAAUUUUGAUUUUUUUUUUUGUCAUUUUUAUGCUAUGCUAUUUUUGUCAGCCUGGUGACUGGAUAUGCUUGUGUGGAUAUUCAACUUUUUGUAUGGUACAUGCUCUUAUGCAAGUUUGUGAAAUAGAAAGUGUAAGAUAAUAGGGAAUGUUAAUUAUAUUUGAUAUUCCAGGGAUUUGCAUAA